CUCACUGUGGUUCUGAUACCACCACCACCAUCAUCAUCAUCAUCAUCAGAAGAAGAAGAAGAAGAAGACCACCCUGUCAUUUCAGCUAUGACGUCAAAACAAACAAACCCACGUGAUCUCUUGGGUCGGGCUGGCGCAGAGUGGGUUGUGUCCUGCGUGGGGCGGUUCUGGUUUUAAACACACUGAGCUGAACCCCGCGGACGAACUCAGUUUAAACACCCGAACCGGUUCUGAAGGGUCUGCUGCUGAAAUGAGAAAGUUCGGAACCAGAGGGACUUUCGGUACCGCAGGAUAAUGGGCAUCACGUUCACGUGUGGAGCCUUUUCCACGAUGGGGCGGACACCUCUAUCCUAGGCUGAAGGACCGGGCCCGGGUUCGGAGCAGAACUUUGGGAAGUAUGAACCCGAGAGACGCGCUGCGUGUGUGUCUGCUGAUCCUGGCUGCAGAGUCCGGCUGUGGGCUUCCCACGGACCGGAACACGGAGUCCAGUCCUCAGAUCAGAGCCGAGGAGCAACCAGAUCAUCCCAACCUGGAGCAUCUUCAGCAGGAAAACCUGCUGCAGACGCUUCCUCUUCCACCUUCCUCCACUUCCACACAGCAGCAGGACCUGCGCUCAUCACCUUCACCCGAGGGGGAGGAGCCUGGAGCCUUCGUCCUGGAUCUCAGGAAAUUCCCUGAUCUGGUCAACGCUUAUGUGGGCUCCCAGAAUCCCAACAUCCAGGUGACCAUUGAGGUGAUGGAGGCCGCCCAGACUGAGGUGGAGAUGGACCUGGCCAAGGAGAACCAGCGCAACGACUGGUCCGUGUCGCCGUCUGAGUGGACGAGCAAGAAGCUGUUCUGGCCGUUAUUCUGGGAGAGCAGGCUGGCAGGAACCGGGCCUGAGGACUACGGCUACGACCCGGCGGACGCUUUGCUGGGCUGGAGCGAAGAGGGGGAGACCAAAUAUAGCUUUGAGAAUGAAGAGUGGAGCGACUGGGCCCCAUGCAGCACCACCUGCGGACCUGGAUCUCAAAAACGGACGCGGUCUUGCGGCUACGGCUGCACAGCAACAGAAUCACGCACAUGUGACCUGGAGAGCUGUUCCAGCGCUGUGGUCACAGAGACCGAGGCGACGUCGCUCCACCAGUUCAACAACACAGACUCCAGUGUGGACAGCUGUGAAAAGUGGCUGAGCUGCAGGAACGAGUUCCUCCAGAAGUACCUCCACCAGGUGCUCACCCAGCUGCCCUCCUGCCCCUGCUCCUACCCCUCCGAGGCCGUCUACGGCGCCAUCAGCAUCCCGGACCGCAGGCUGCGCAGGACGUACCGCUGGAGAGACGCCAGCGGACCCAAAGAACGGCUGGACAUCUACAAACCUUCGGCCCGGUUCUGCGUCCGCUCCAUGCUGUCCUACGACAGCCUGACGCUGGGGACGCAGCACUGUUGCUAUGACGACCGGAUGAGGCUGAUCACACGCGGCAAAGGCGCCGGAGCGCCGGACCUGAUCGGCGCAGAGUUCUCCCCGGAGCUGCAUUACCAGGUGGACGUCCUGCCCUGGAUCCUGUGCAAAGGAGACUGGAGCCGGUUCCACUCAGCCAGGCCGCCCAACAACGGGCUGACCUGCCCGGAGAACCCGGCCGAACCGGCGUACCAGACGGAGCUCAGAGAGGCCCGGGAAUACUGAAGGCCGGUUCUGAGAGACAGAACAACCCGUCCAAACCUGAAACCAUCAGACCUGGACGGCUGUGUGUGUGUAGGAGCUUAUUUAUUAUCCAGGGAACAUUUACUAUCAAGGACCUUCGGCUGAACAGGAAGCAUAUUAUGUUAACUGUAAAAUGUCAUUAUUAUUAUUAAUAUGAGUGAAAUGAAGCCAGUGUCACAUAACACACUAAUACUUGAAACCAAAAUAUUAAUUUGUACUUCAAGAGCUUUUAUUCAUUCCUACUGCUGCGAAAAUAACUAAUCAUUAUAUUAUUUAGAGUCCCCCCCCCCAAGUGAUUUUGUUAUGUAGACCAACACAAGCUAGAAUAAAGUCCUAUUUAAUGCUUUG